AUGCCUGCAAUCGGCGACCAACACAAGCUCAUUACCAACCCAUUCGAGGAACCACAACGGCGAAUCAGCGAAUACACAGCCCAGGAAAUCGCCACACUCCAGAGCCGUCUCGAGAAACAACUAGGACCCGAAUACCUGUCCAGCCGCGCCGGCCCAUCAGGCCAGAAAGUCCACUACAUCUCGUCGGAAAAGUGCAUCCAGCUCGCGAACGAGGUCUUCGGCUUCAACGGCUGGUCCUCCAGCAUCCAGAACAUCCAGGUCGACUUCGUUGAUGAGCACCCUCAAACACUGAAAAUCAACAUGGGCAUCUCGGUUAUCAUGCGAGUCACCCUGCGUGACGGAACGUUCCAUGAGGAUCUCGGAUACGGCCACAUUGAGAACUGUAAGGGCAAAGCGGCUGCGUUUGAGAAGGCCAAGAAGGAAGCCACGACAGAUGCCUUGAAGCGCGCGCUGCGCCAGUUUGGCAAUGUGCUGGGCAACUGUAUCUACGACAAGCAGUAUUUGGCCAAGGUCACAAAGAUGAAGGUCGAGCCGACCAAGUUUAUGGCGGAUAAUCUGCAUCGACACUCGGAUUUCGCCAAGAAGGAGCCAGUUGAGGCGGAUCUCAUGAAGGUUGACCCGGUUGAGGCGGUCGCUCGUCCACCAGCGUUGGGAAACGAGGAGUCUUUUGAGGACUUGCUUGGAGAACUCGAUGAGGCCGACUUCAACAUGGCCGAUGAAGGCCAUCCGGACGAAGUUGUGCUACCACAACAACCUGUGCACAAUAGCUUGAACGACAAGCCUGUCCAUCAGCAACUGACUAACCUCAAUCCACAAGCACAGCAAUCUCGACCACUGACGAGAUCAGGGUCAACAGGCAGCCUGAACACCCGACAACAACCACAGACUUCCAACCAGUUCACAGCGAGGGCUCAAAGUCGGCCUCCACAACAGCAGUUCAACAACAACAACCAAAGUCGUCCUGUGGGUCAACCUAACGCAAACACUUCCAACAACGCUCAGAACUACGCAACACCACAGAAGCCUGCACCUGCCGCUCCCGCUCCCCAAGCAGGUGCGGGUGCAGCUGUAGUUCCCGUUCCAGAAACCGUUGGCUUCUUCUCCGCCAAAGCAGUGACACAACUUCCGGAGGAGGCUUUGGCUAGCGGCCAAGUCGCUCCCACGAAACCCGGUCUAGCAUUCAACCCUCAUGCCGAAAGCCCGUCGAUCCGCAAGACGCCCGGCAUCGACCACACCAAGUCCAAACCUCUAGCCAGAAACGGCCAACACGUCCCUCCAGCCAAGACAGCCUCCGAGACAGCAGAAGCAGCAGAACCGAGCACACACACGACGUCGUUUUCAAGACCCGCGGGAGCUCCGGUCGGGGCUGCAUCACGACCAGUAACAAUUAGCGAGGCACGCGCAGCAUCAGGAGGAGGAGGGGGCUUCACUCGUGUCGGGCCACCGCAUGUACCUCACAACAUGGCCAAACCAAAUGUCGUUAACCCCCAACUUGACCAGACACGACGGAUCGGUGCGCCAGGAGGCAUGGGAGGGGGGUUCUCUAGUAACCCUAGUGUCAACCGGGGCCAGUAUCGGCCGUUGACGGUGAAGAGACCUGCUACUGCUAUGGCAGGAGGAGGAGAUGCUACUGGUGGUCAGACUACCAAGGAUAGUAAUGGUGGUAAUGGUGGUGAUGGUGCAGCGGCGAACGCGGCUGCAGCAGCAGGGUCGACGACGACGGGAGGUAAUCCCGCUCCAUCUGCUGGUAACGGUAAUGGAGGGCACAGAGUACCGUUAACUGACAUGUCGGCUAAUGCGCCGAACGCCACUACGGCAGCGGGCGCGGGCGCGGGGGCUGGGGCUGGGGCCGCUGGGGCUAAUGGGCCGGAGGUAAAGAGGCAGAGGGUGGCGUAG